AUGCUGCAUCGUGAAAAAUAUCGCUCUGAAUCCCCAGAGUUUUGAAAAUGGAGGCAUCAGGAAAACUGCUGUCAUCAAGACUGAUUUCCCUGCUUAAGAACGGACAAUGGGGAAAAUAUGAUGUUGUUAAUUUGUUUAAAGCCCUCGUGGAGCAAUAUAAUGGCAGAAAUGAACCAUUUCACACAUGGAUGAUGAAAAUCCUUCAUCAAGUUGAAAUUCACAAAAUAAGUGCGUCGGAUUUGACAGCCAAUGACAGUAAGAUUGUGAAUAAUGUUGAGGCCAAAAUUAAUGAGAUCAAAAACACUGAUAAAACGGGGAAAACCCUAAAAGAUGUUUUGGAGGAAAUUCAAAAACAAGGAAAUAUCACUGAAAAAAUAAUGGCAAAAGUGCAGGAUAUUGUGACCUCUGUGUCCAAAUGUCUAUCAGCUUCUACAGCUCCACAUCUAACAGGAAAAAAGCUACUUUUGUUCAAGAUCUGCAAAGCAGUGCAAAAAAAGAGCAAGAAUAAAAUAACACCUCGAGUGACUCAGAUGGUGAGCUGGUGCAUUCUUGUCCUUUCUAAAUCAAGCCGGCUUGUUCAGGUUUUAACAGGAGAAGGAAAGUCGUGCAUCGUGGCAAUGUUUGCAGCAUAUCAGGUCCUAAAGGGAAACACCCCUGAUAUCAUCUCCAGUUCUCCUAUUCUCGCUGAAAGAGACGCUAAAGAAUGGACUCCAUUUUAUAAUGAACUAGGUAUCACUGUUGACGUCAACACCAACAAAUCAGAAGAAAAAGAGCUGAAGAAGUGCUAUGAACGUCAGGUGGUCUACGGUACAGCUGUCAGUUUUGCAGCUGAUUUCCUGAGACAACGUGUCCUUAGACAAGAUGUGAGACCUAAGAGAGAGUUUCAGUGUGUUAUAGUGGAUGAGGUGGAUUCUUUAAUGCUGGACAAAAGUCAUGAAGUGGUGUAUUUGAGCAGUGAGAUUCCUCUUAUGGAAUCGCUCAAUGGAAUACUGGCUAAAAUUUGGUUUGUCGUCAAUCAGCUGAAGCGUUUAGAGACUGGCGAGAUUUUAGGGCCCAUUCAGCUCUUCUCUGAGGUUCUGUCUGAAAUCUUGCUGGAAAAUAAAGACGUCAACCAACUUAGUGUUAUGCAGAUUGCUGUGGACGUAGGAACUAUGCCUACAAAACUUCCAAAGGGAAUUCAAGAAAACAUGACAAAUGCUCUAAAAGAACUAGACAAAACAAGUGUUGUGCAAAUGGUGGGUUUUUUAACCAUGUUUGUGCAAAUUGUCCCAGAGUAUUUCUUUAAACUUUACCAAGAAGGGCAUGACGGAAAUGUACAGAAACUGAAUGAGAUUGGUUCCACAAGUAAAAAUAAUAGUAAAGAAAUUUCACUUCUUCUCAUUGGAUCUGGACAGUGUCGUUUAGUGUACUAUGAGGAAGACUCGCUGGUUAAGUCACUAGGUAAAACGAUUAAAAAGGGAUAUCAGUCUGAAUCAGCAAAAGUACAUGAAUCUUGUAUAGCAGGCCGUCAAGACCUUAUCAAUGGAAAGAUGCAAACUUGGAUUGGAAAUGCUCUGAAAGCCAAAAAGAUGUCUCUGGGCCAUGAAUACGUCCUUCAUGGAGAUGGAGUCGCUCCUGUCGAUUACAGUUCCACUGGUGUUGUGCAGAACAACAUGAGUUGGGGGGAAGGACUUCAGCAGUUCCUCGAGAUGAAACACCAAACUAAACUGUCGAACAUGACUCUAAUCGCAAACUUUAUGUCUAAUUUGGGCUUAUUUAAGAAAUACACAAACCAGAUCUAUGGGAUCACAGGAACUUUGGGGGACCAAACAGAGCUUGAGAUACUGAAGAAGGUCUAUGAAGGCAUCGACACCUGUACGAUUCCCCCAUUUAGACGAAGGAAACUUUAUGAGCUGGAAGGCCUGGUGUUAGCUGAAGAAGACGAGUGGAUCAGCACUGUCUGUAAUGUUGUUCAGCAUCAAGUGACUUCUACAGUCUAUCGAGGUCCACGAGCAGCUCUCGUCAUCUGUGAAACAAUCAAUCGUGCCAAAAUGUUUCACAGGAGGCUUGCAAAGACCAUCUCAAAACACAACUUAAAACUCUAUGUAAAUAACAACAUGGACAACUCAAAAAUUGUAGAUAAAGAACUGCGAGCAGGAGACGUAGUUGUUGCAACUAAUCUAGCAGGCCGAGGUACAGACCUAAAGGUCAGUGUAAGGGUAAAUGAAGCUGGAGGUCUGUUUGUGGUGCAAACCUUCUUACCUCUGAACGUCCGUGUUGAACAGCAAGCGUUUGGACGAACGGCUCGCCAAGGGAGUCCAGGAUCCGCUCAACUCAUCACAUGCACCAAUCAUUUCUCUGACUCUGUGAAACUAGUGAUGAGCCUGAACACAUCUGACAUCAGCUUAUUCAGCGCUCUGUGUUGUUUAAUAAUACAGAUGUCACAUUGUAUCACAGGAAAUCUAUUUGGGGAAACUGUUAAUCGCUACCUGAAAAAUCAUAGCUCUCAAAAUCACGAGGCGAUGAUCUCUGCUCUCACUGGCCUUUUAACCAUAAAUUCAUUCCCAUUUAAGGCUAAUAAUCUAGAAAAGGCAAAAGAUGCCAGAAAUAUUGAGGUCCAGCUCAGACGCUCAAGGUUCCUUAAAAAAGACAUUGAAAAAAUCAUAAAAGAAGAGGAGCUAUUUUCUUUGUACCUUGAAGUUUUGGACAACAUUUAUGAAGACAAUUUUUACUCAGAUCAGCGUGAUGUAACUGUGUCCUGUCUUCAAGAGUGCUGGGGUUUGUGGCUCCUGAUGCAUUUCAAUGAGGAAAAGAAGAUAGAGACACUGAAGGCACAGCUGAGAGUUUCCUUGUCGACUGCACAGCUGAAACUUAUAAGCAAACAGUCCCCAUCCUCAAUGGUCUACUAUUAUAUCAGGUCUGGAAACAAUCUCCGUGAGAAGGGACGCCUAGCGGAGAGCAUUGAGAUGUACAGCAAAGCUUUGGAGGACGGUGCAUCUGGAGAGAUUAUUCCUCUCUAUAAUCGUGCACUGGCCACUAUUAUGAAGAAAGAUGCUGGAUAUAUUACUCAAGCAUUGGCUGAUCUGGAAAAAGCUGACAAAGAAAUAGAUUCAUACAAGUCACAUCUGACGCAGAUUCGAACAUAUGUGGAAUUUUCAAGCCAAGAGCAGAAAGCAGAAGGCAAGACUUUGCUCGCAAAGCACUUCCAAGUAAAAUGUAGUGUUAUAGACCAACUCCGGAUGAACAUUAAAGAUGCUGUAAUGAAGUUGAAGAGGGCUGAAAGCAGAGGAUCAGAAGUGAAACUGACUAAAAAACUUUCAUUUUUUCUUUUAGAACACGUUAAUUUCAGUUCUCUUAGAGUCCUGAAAGAGCUGCCAAUGGAAUUAAUGCACAUCACGUCACUGGGUCUUGACACCAUUUUCUCUUUGGACACUACAUUUUCUUUCAGUGGCUUUUUGUCAAAGAUGGUAAAAAGUGUUUGAAAUGUAACACUUCUCUCAGAUCUCUUACAAGAUAUGGUGUCAGUUCUAAAUGGUCA